CGUUUUAAAUGAAAAAAUCGGACUGUAACAAUUUAAUUUACGUUUGCUUUAUGUGUUGUUGCUAAUUUUCAUAAUCCAUACAGACAAACAAAUAAUAUAGGUUAGUUCAAUUAAAUUUAAAUGAUAUCAAUAAUGGAAGUAGAGCAAUUAAUCAAAGCAAUUUGUGCAAGACCACCGUUAUGGGAUCGUACAUCAAAAGAGUAUCAUAAUAGAGUUUUAACUGAAAAAUGUUGGGAUGAAAUAUGUGAUGAAGUAAAUGAGCCUAAAGAUAAAAUUAAAAGAAAAUGGAAAGGAUUGAGAGACACAUAUAGAUUUGAACUGAGAAAAUUUUUAUCACUGAACUCUGAACAUUCAGUUGAUAACAACAGCAAAGCACAAUUUGAAUAUGAGCCGUCUUGGCCAUUUUUUAAAACCUUAAAUUUUUUAAAAGAUCAUGUUAAUAUACGAAGUGAUUUGAAUAAAGUCGGUAAAAAAUCUGCUAUAACAUUAAGUAAAAAUUCACAAUCAAAUUUUCAUUCAUUUAAUGAUGAUUGGAAUUCUUUGCAGAAUUUCAAUCAAACUGAAAUAUUUGAUAGUAGUAAUAAUGAUUUAGACUCCAAUAUAUCAAACAACACAAUGCAAUUUACAAGAGAAUUAGCUGAAAAUGAUAUUUAUAAUGAAAUUGAUGGAGAUAUUAAACCGGUUAUUGUUAACUCUCAUGAAGAAGACGACCAUUCAAAUAUUGGGACAAAUAUACAAACUAAUGUCAAUAACAAAGUAAAAGAUAUAUCAAAUCAUAAAAACAAAGACAGUAAUGAUAAUUAUCAUAACUAUAAAAAUUCAAAUGAGAAGAAAUUAGGUAAUAAAAAGAGAAAAUGGUAUGAAAUUGGAGAGAAAAUUAUCGACUUAGAAUACGAAAAAAUUAAUUUUCUUAAAGAACAAAAAUAUAAUGAGCAUUCAAAGAAUAUCCACGAAAGAACAAUAAUUAGAGAGUGCGACAAUGAUGAUGAGGACAAAUGCUUUUUUAAUAGUCUUUUACCACAUAUUAAAAAAUUACAACCAGCUAAAAAGUUAAAAUGCCGAAUGGAUAUACAAAAAUUGAUUUAUGAUUAUUGUUAUCAGAAUGUAGAAUAA